AUGCACGUUCAAUCUAUUCUUGCUACUGCUGUUCUUGCUGCCUCUGCAAAUGGUUUCCUUUUCGGAACUAGUGGAUGUGGUGCUCCAAAUCCAUGUGGUGGAUUAUCUCUUCCAAGAUUUGAAUUACCAAGAAUUGAACUUCCAAGAUUUGAACUUCCACAACUUGGAUGUGGUGCUCCAUCAUGCGGUGGAGGAUGUGCUGCUCCAUCAUGUGGAGGUGCUCCAGCAUACCCAGCUCCACAAACUAGCUAUGCUGCUCCACCACCACCACCACCAGCUCCAGCUGGUUAUGCCCAACCACCAGUUGCUGGAGGAUAUGGCGGUCCAAUUGGAGGAGGAUAUGCUGGUCCAGUUGCCGGUGGAUAUCAACAAGGACCAAUUGGUGGUGGAUACCAACAAGCUCCAGUUGGUGCUGGAUACCAACAAGCCCCAGCUGUCGGUGGAUUCCAACAAGGUCAAGCUGCCGGUGGAUACCAACAAGCUCCAGCUGUCGGUGGAUUCCAACAAGGUCAAGCUGCCGGUGGAUACCAACAAGCUCCAGCUGCUGGUGGAUACCAACAAGCCCCAGCUGUCGGUGGAUUCCAACAAGGUCAAGCUGGUGCUGGAUAUCAAUCAGCUCCAGUUGUUACCCAAGUCCAAACUGAAGUUUCUAAAGUUGAACCAGUAGCUCCAAUUGAGUCAGUUAUUGCCACUGAACCAACAGCUCCAGCUCCAGCCCCAGUUGCCGUCCAACAACAAUACGGAGACAAUGCCGCUGCUCAAACUGGAUCAGUCCAAGUCGUUGAAACUAAAGAAUCUGUUGUUGUAGCUCAACCAACUGAAACUGUUGCUGCUACCGGAUCUGCUCCAGGAUACAGAAGACACUAA